CUUUUGCCGCGACCGAGAUUUCUGCCGGUGAUAAAGAAGACGAAUCGAUCGAUGUGAAAAAUAUACCAAAAAGUUGCACAAUGCCAAGAAAUAAUCCUGCAAAACGAAUAGCGUCACAAGGAAGUUGUUUUUUGACGGAAGGAUGGAGAGCCGCUCUGUGUACUUGUGAAACGUGUAAAGAGCUUUACCGAGAGAAACACAUCGCGUUUCUUCUUGAUCCAACUGACAGUGUACACGCGUACGAGGAAGCCGGUAAAAUAAAUAGUCGAGAGUCACAGUACGAAAAAGGCAUGAAAGCCCUUGCUUCUCUAGGCCGUGUCGAACAAUUGACGGCUAUCGAAGAAUACAAUAAUAUGAAGGAACGGUUGAAACAAUAUUUGCAAAAGUUCGCUGAAAACAAGAAAGUCGUGCGAGAAGAAGAUAUAAAGGAGUUCUUCUCGGAAAUGGAAUCAAAGAAGCGGCCGAAAGUAGUAAUACCUACGUAUUGUCGUUGAAAUGCAUUAUUUGAGUAUUAUAAGAACUUGUGGUUUCUAACAAGACAGAAACAAAAGGAUCGAUGUAUUUCUAUAUUAUUGCAAGCCAUGUUUUACUUUUAUAUAUUUUGUUCACUUGUAAAACCUAAUCGCGUGAUAUUAAUCUCUCGGAUCUGAUAGAAUUUUCAAGUUGUAAUUGUAGCUACCAAUAAAUACUGUUUUUUUCGAUAUUAAAUGAGAAAAACAAGAGGAAGGAAGAGAAUGAAAGGGAAGAAUAAA